CACAUCUCUAGAGUCCAAGUUGUUGCAGACGACCACUCGUCUGCCAGUCUUCAAAUCAGAAGGAGUGUGUGCGUGUGUACGAGAGAGCUACUGGCGCAAAGCCUAAGAAGAGGAGGAGUUGUGAUUUAUUCUCUGACCGAAAAUCAGCGAUCUGCAACAUGCCAACCUUCAAUCCGAACGACAAACAGGGAGGCAAAGCCUUUGGAGAAUAUAUGGCCAAAUGGGAGAGUAGCCUUGAUGAGAUAAAUAAGGAGUUUCUGGAAAAUGAACAAUACAAUAGUGAUGAGGAACUGCCACAAAAACUUGGCGAGUAUAAAAAAAAAUUUAUUGAAUGUGACCAGGAUCUGUCUGGAGACCUGAAUAUCAUGGAUGUCAAGUACAUGCUGGAGAAGCUUGGCCAGGCCAAAACACACCUGGAGCUGAAGAAGAUGAUAAAAGAGGUUGACACUACUAACACAGAGGCCAUCAACUACCGGGACUUUGUCCGCAUGAUGCUGGGCCCUCAGAGCGGUGUUUUGAAAAUGAUAUUGAUGUUUGAAGCGUUUGGCAAAACUCCAGACAAGCCUAAAGGACCUCCACCAAAACGAGACCUCUCUAGCUUGCCAUAACAGUUCUGGUCAUCUCAGCAUAGUUUUAAGAAGCUCAAUGGACAGAUCCCCCAACUGUCUACUUCCUUCUGAUCAUUUUUCACUCAUCAUUAUAGCCAACAUUUUUACCUUCUCUGCAGUUUAUGGAAUCCCAUUUUUAAUCAUCCAGCAUUUUCCUGUUUCCUAAUACCUCACCUGUGUCAAGGUGUAUUCAUUUUUGUGAGAAGUGAAUCAGAAAAUGUGUACGUGUUUUAUGCUGUUACAUGGAAAGUAUGGGUCCACGAAUGCAUUAAAUACUUGCAGUUAAAUGCAAUGUUUUAAAUAUUUGUUGUGAAAAAUAAAAAACGACCAAAGGCUUACAAUGAACAAAUUUGAAGUAUUUGUGUUGAGAGGCUGUUUAUAAACCAGUGAAACAUAUUGGCAGAAUGCCUGUGCUGAUCUUAAGAUUUUAUUUAAAAGCUCACCUGGACACCUCAGUCUUUUUUGCUCAAACAUCUCGUCAAUAAUUAACAUGAUAUAUGUAUUGCAAAAUAAAAAGGAUCUCAUGAAUGCUUCAUAGGAACUAUGCUUGUUUGAGAUGAAUUGAAUAGCUCGCAUUUACUUGUACGAUACUCAAAUGAAAAAAUAACGUUCAGGUGUUCUUGUCUGAUUACUUUCAGCAGUAUCUUGUAAACAGGAUGUGGCUCAUCUUACAUUAAUCCUCAGACAUUCAAAACCCAGAACAGCAAAGUUUUAAAAUGUGAAACAUAGGUUUUUCAGGCAAUGUAUGGUUACAACUUGUUUUUCUUUGUAAACUUGGAAUGUGUGAAGUUUGAUGACAAUGAGUUAUCCUGCUUUUCUCCGACUUGUUGCUAAGCAUUGAGUGAUACCGCAAUGAUGACCUUUUGACAAAGGUAUUAUUAGUUUUAAUCUUUGAGGCUUUAUAAAAACACUUAGAAUGUCUAUGCACAAACAGUACCUGCCUUUAAAUUAAUUUUGUUUGCACUUUAGAUUAAUCCUGGAUUGUAUGUAGUUACUACUAGUGUGUAGUUACUACUAGUGUGUAGUAAGUUAAGAAACAAGAAAAUCUGAGGUGAUAACUUUGUUUUUAUUAUUGUAAGUAAUAUAUAAAUCUGAUAGAUCCUUUAGGUACUGUACUUGAAAAUUCUUGGAUAACUAUGAGAUGUCCUUUGUUCAAGAAAUUAAUUCAGCCAAUACUCUUCAUCACCGUUUAGAUUGCUGUUCUCAGACAAAAUUCCAACAAUGGUGUAUAUUUGCUGUUCCCUUCCCCUCUAAAAUUUAAAAAAAGCCUAAAAUAUAGUUUCAGCACCUUUAUAAGAGUAUGAACAUUGUCCAUGCAUUAAUAUUUUCUGCUCCUGUGAACUUGUUACACUGUUUUGGACCAUCACUGGUUUAAUCUGUUAAAUACUGUAUGUGUACAGCAGUCAUCAUUAUGGUUAUCAGUCACUGGCAUUGUUGUAAAUAGUGAAUUUCUCAACAACUGCAAGAAAACUGCUUCAGAGAAUAUGACAAAAGACUGCUGUUGCUUGUUGGGACUUGGUGAAUUAAACCACGAUGAAUUAAC